AAACAAUGGCAGCGUUAAGCCACCGCAUACGUAGCUUCACGCGGCGCUUCUCCUCCACCCGGAACACUCAAAGAAGCGGCGGAGCCACCAAGAUACCCACACUCUACGGAAGCCCAGAGAUAGAAUCGAAUUCCACAACCCUCCAGCUCCUCUCGUGGGGACGAGGCGCGUCGGGUCAGCUCGGCGGCGGAAUCGAGGAGAUUCGAAUGUAUCCGUCUCCGGUCGCUAACCUUCUCCUUCGCUCCGAUCAAUCCUUCUCUCUGGCCCAAACGCCUGGAAGAAUCGACGCCGAUCCACCGAAAAACGGGUCGGGUUUUCGGGUUGGAAUCUCUUGCGGGUUGUUCCAUUCGGGUUUGACGAUCGACGGAGAUCUGUGGAUUUGGGGAAAAGGAGACGGCGGGAGGCUAGGUUUUGGCCAAGAGAAUUCAGUCUUCGUCCCCAACUUAAACCCGCUUUUCGAAGAGCAUUCGAUUCGUUGUGUCGCUCUCGGUGGUUUGCAUUCGCUGGCUUUAACCCAUAAAGGAGAUGUUUUCACUUGGGGUUAUGGCGGUUUUGGUGCGCUUGGACAUUCGGUUUACACCAGAGAACUCGUCCCUCGACGUGUUGACGGCUCUUGGGAUUGUAAAAUCUCUGCCAUUGCAACCAGUGGAACACACACUGCUGCUAUUACUGAAUCAGGAGAGCUAUAUAUGUGGGGUAGAGAGGAAGGAGACGGUAGGUUAGGGCUCGGGCCAGGCCGAGGACCAAAUGAAGGUGGUGGGCUUAGUGUUCCCUCAAAGGUCAAAGCUUUAACAGUUCCCGUAGCCUCUGUCUCAUGUGGUGGUUUCUUCACAAUGGCUCUUACACAAGAGGGACAACUAUGGAACUGGGGAGCAAAUUCCAAUUAUGAACUCGGCCGUGGUGAUAACUUGGGAGGUUGGGAACCAAUACCAGUUCCCAGUUUAGAAGGCGUUCGUAUUUCCCAGAUUGCGUGUGGUGGUUAUCACUCUCUUUCAUUAACCGAGGAAGGUAAAGUACUCUCGUGGGGCCAUGGUGGCCAUGGCCAAUUGGGUAAUUCUUCGCUACGAAACCAGAAAAUUCCUACAGAAAUCGAAGCAUUUGCAGACAAAAAGAUCGUCUUCAUCGCUUGUGGAGGUUCCUCUUCUGCAGCGAUAACAGAUGAAGGUAAACUCUGGAUGUGGGGUAACGCUAAAGAUUUCCAACUAGGAGUUCCAGGAGUCCCGGAGAUCCAAACUUCUCCAGUCGAAGUCAACUUCUUAACUGAAGAAGAAGAUGAGCUAGAAUCGCACAAGGUUGUCUCAGUCUCCAUUGGUGCUUCUCAUGCGUUGUGUCUGGUCUCAAGAUCACACUAAUAAACACUUUGAUAGACCAUAAAGAAAACAGAAAAAAAAAAAAACAGUGACACCGUACAUUAAG